AUGAAGACUAGAGACAGUGCUUUGCCUGAAGCUCAAGCAUUGUAUGAUCCGGCAUAUGAAAAAGAGGCCUGCGGCGUGGGGUUUAUGGUCCAUGUCAAAGGUCACCGGUCGCACAAAAUCCUCAGUGACGCCAACGAUAUCUUGUGCAAUAUGACGCAUCGUGGAGCAAGUGGAGCCGAUAUACGCGACGGCGACGGUGCAGGUGUCAUGACAGCCAUCCCUCAUCCAUUCUUUGCUAAUGAAAUGUUACGCGACCAUGCCGUUCAGUUGCCGCCCGAAGGUCAAUAUGCAGUAGGCAAUAUUUUCAUGAAAAAAGAUCCUCAAACGCAGAUCGACACCAAAAAACGUUUCGAGGAUAUCGCCAAAACGGUGGGUUUGCAAGUGAUCGGCUGGCGACCUGUACCGCAUGAUUCAACCAUUCUCGGGCAAUCGGCCAAAUUUAAAGAGCCCGCCAUUGAACAACCCUUUGUGACCAUGACAACUCAGUUUGCCCCACAAUCAUUUGAACGACGCCUUUACCUCUUGAGAAAACAUGCUACCUACGCUAUUUCUACCAAGCAGUGGUUCUACAUUUGUUCUCUCUCCAACAAAAACAUCGUUUACAAAGGUCAACUCACCCCCAAGCAAGUGUACAAAUAUUUCCACGAUCUCGUCAAUGUCCAAUACACCACCCAUUUUGCUCUCGUUCACUCUCGUUUUUCCACAAACACGUUUCCCUCGUGGGACCGUGCUCAACCCAUGCGCUGGUGUGCUCACAAUGGCGAAAUUAACACGUUGCGAGGAAACAAGAAUUGGAUGCGGUCUCGCGAAGGCGUGAUGACCUCGGACGUUUUUGGUGACAGCUUGUCCAUGCUUUAUCCCAUCAUUGAAGAAGGCGGCUCGGAUUCAGCCGCAUUUGACAAUGUGUUGGAGUUACUCGUUAUCAAUGGGGCUUUGUCUCUGCCUGAAGCGGUCAUGAUGAUGGUGCCCGAGGCUUGGCAGAACAACGAUGCCAUGUCUCCCCAACUGAAAUCCUUUUACACUUGGGCAAGCGCGUUGAUGGAACCGUGGGAUGGGCCUGCUCUUUUCACGUUUGCUGAUGGACGGUACUGCGGUGCGUCGUUGGAUCGCAAUGGAUUGCGACCCUGCCGGUUCUAUGUGACAACAGAAGAUAUCAUGAUUUGCGCAUCCGAAGUAGGCACAGUGCACGUGGACCCAUCCAUAGUGGUUCAAAAAGGCCGAUUAAAGCCCGGACGUAUGCUUCUCGUUGACACCGUGCAAGGCGUGAUUGUCAAUGAUAAGGACCUCAAAGCGCAAACUGCCGCUCGGCACGAUUUCUCGGCGUGGAUAGCCAAACGCAUGUUACAUAUCAAGGACAUUGUUCAGUCCAUAAAUUUUUCCUCACCAUCUGUCGCCUUGGAUGACACCACUGUGCACACCGAUCCCCGGUUGAAAGCGUUUGGAUACACUUUGGAGCAACUGAAUUUGUUACUUCUGCCCAUGUGUUACAGUGGCAAGGAAGCACUGGGAUCCAUGGGCAACGACACCGUGCUGGCAUGUUUAGCCACCCAGCCUCGUCUUGUGUACGAAUACUUUCGACAGAUGUUUGCUCAAGUCACCAAUCCUCCCAUUGACCCCAUUCGUGAAGAGAUCGUCAUGUCCCUCCAGUGCCUGGUUGGCCCUCAAGGCAAUCUGCUCGAGAUCGAUGAAUCCCAGUGCCAACGGCUGUCCUUGCCCUCCCCUAUUCUGACCCUCGAGGAACUCGAGGCGGUAAAAUGCAUUGACCGGCACUCUUCCGACUGGAAAACUACCAGCAUUGAUAUCACGUUUGAAAAAGAAACGGGGAUUCGCGGUUACGUGGAUGCGCUUCGUCGCGUUUGCGAAGAAACAGAAAAAGAGGUGGACGACGGAUGCAAGAUUGUCUUGCUCACGGAUCGUGCCAUUUCUGAGCAUCGAGUGGCAUUAUCGUCAAUCAUGGCUAUCGGUGCGGUGCACCAUCAUUUGGUCGGCUGUAAAAAACGAAGUCGCGUGGCAUUGAUGGUUGAAACGGCCGAAGCGCGUGAAGUGCACCAUUUCUGCGUAUUAUUGGGUUACGGUGCCGAUGCCAUCUGCCCUUACCUUGCGUUUGAAAUCAUUAUGAAACUAUUCCGUGAUCGAGCGGUGCGACCCGAUAUUUCGCUUCCUGCCAUGAUCGCCAAUUACAAGAAAGCGGUGGACAAUGGAAUUCUCAAAGUCAUGUCUAAAAUGGGUAUUUCUACCUUGGCUUCCUACAAGGGAGCACAGAUUUUCGAAGCCUUGGGCGUCGAUGAUUCGGUUAUUUCUCGUUGCUUUGCAGGCACGGCGUCACGCAUCAAAGGAGUCACCUUUAGCAUCUUGGCUUUGGAUGCUUUAGCAUUGCAUGAAAACGGGUACCCUUCACGUAAUUCCGCUCAGCCAAUUGCAUUGCCUGAAUCGGGCGAAUAUCACUGGCGCGACGGUGGUGAGCCUCACAUUGCCGAACCGGCAGGCAUCGCUAACCUACAGGAAGCGGUACGCGAAAAGGACCACGCAGCCUAUGAUGUGUAUGCCAUCAAUGCUCAUGAAGCCAUCAAGAAAUGUACGCUUCGAGGCUUGCUAACGUUUGACUUUGACAAGGCGACGCCGGUGCCGAUCGAUCAAGUAGAAAGCUGGCAAAAGAUUGUACGGCGAUUUGCUACGGGGGCCAUGUCGUACGGGUCGAUCUCCAUGGAAGCGCAUCAGUCCCUCGCGAUUGCUAUGAAUGCAAUCGGCGGGCGUUCCAAUACGGGUGAAGGAGGCGAAAAACCGGAACGGUCGAUCAUAGGCGAAGAUGGGGUCAACAAACGGUCGGCCAUCAAACAGGUGGCAUCUGGGCGGUUCGGUGUUACGAGUUUUUAUGUAGCCGAUGCGGACCAACUUCAGAUCAAAAUGGCUCAAGGUGCCAAACCGGGUGAAGGAGGUGAAUUGGCAGGUACCAAAGUGUCGGAAGAAAUUGCCAGUGCAAGAAAGACCACGCCCGGUAUCGGUUUGAUUAGCAUCGAAGAUUUAAAGCAGCUCAUUUAUGAUCUCAAGUGCGCCAAUCCACGUGCCCAGAUCUCGGUCAAGUUGGUGUCCGAAGUCGGCGUGGGUAUCGUGGCUUCGGGUGUCGCCAAAGCCAAAGCUGAUCACUUGGUGAUUUCCGGUCACGAUGGCGGCACCGGCGCCUCGCGAUGGACCGGUAUCAAAUAUGCUGGUUUGCCCUGGGAAUUGGGUCUUGCCGAAACCCAUCAAACCUUGGUCCUCAAUGAUCUCCGCGGACGCAUUGUCGUACAAACGGACGGCCAGAUCAAAACCGGUCGUGAUGUAGCCAUCGCUUGCUUAUUAGGUGCUGAAGAAUGGGGAUUUGCCACCACGCCUCUGAUUGCUUUGGGAUGUAUCAUGCUACGCAAAUGUCAUUUGAAUACAUGUGCGGUUGGCAUUGCUACUCAGGAUCCAGUGUUACGCCAAAAAUUUCAAGGGUCGCCCGACCAUGUGAUCAAUUUCUUUUACUAUGUUGCUGAAGAGUUGCGUCAGAUCAUGGCUCGGCUUGGUUUUCGUACCGUGGACGAAAUGGUGGGACGAGCUGAUAUGCUCAAAGUGGAUGAGUCGCUUCGUAAUUUCAAAACCGCCAACCUCGACCUUUCACCGAUCCUUACGCCGGCCAGCUCCUUACGGCCCGACGUCCCAAACCAUCAGACGAUCAAACAGCGUCAUAAUUUGCACACAAGGCUGGAUAAUUACUUUAUUGAAGAAGCCGAACCGGCCCUGGAACGUAAGGAGCACGUGUUAAUCGACGCUCAAGUGGUCAAUACCGACCGUGCCUUGGGCGCCACGCUGUCGUAUCAUGUCUCCAAACGUCACGGUGAAAAAGGGUUGCCUCACGAUACAAUUCAUGUGUGCUUGACAGGGUCCGCCGGUCAAUCCUUUGGUGCGUUUUUGGCUCCUGGUAUCUUUUUCGAACUGGAAGGUGAUUCGAAUGACUACGUCGGCAAGGGUCUUUCCGGUGGUAAGAUUGCAAUUUAUCCUCCGCGAAACUCUUCGUUUGUACCCAAUGAAAACAUCAUUGUGGGCAAUGUAUGUCUUUACGGCGCUACGAGUGGGCAAGCAUUCAUUUCCGGAAUUGCCGCGGAACGUUUUUGUGUUCGCAAUUCGGGCGCUUGGGCUGUCUGCGAAGGUGUGGGCGAUCAUGGAUGUGAAUACAUGACAGGCGGCCGAGUGGUGAUUCUGGGUAGUACGGGAAGAAACUUUGCCGCUGGUAUGUCCGGUGGUAUUGCGUAUGUUCUCGACUUGGCCGGUGAUUUCAAAGAAAACGUCAACACCGAAAUGGUGGAAGUGGAAGCGGUCAGUCAGUCUGAGCAGGUUGAAGAACUUCGCAGCAUGAUCCAAGAUCAUUAUGCACACACCUCCUCACCGAUCGCACGUCAGGUCCUGGACCAUUUUGAGGAAUAUCUUGGUAAGUUCUCCAUGGUGAUGCCGACCGAAUACCGUGCUUUGCUACUGAAACAAAAGCACGCGGCCGCGGCGGCAACAGAGCUCGCAAAGGACGUCGAAGCAGUGGAAGCGGCGGUGACCGAUGCCGGCAAAAAUACACCUGCCAUCGAAGACGUGGAAGAUAGCGUGCUUGAUGAAAAAACCAUUUUGGCUCGUCGUGCCAAACUGGACAAAUUGCGUGGAUUCAUGAAAUACAAGCGUCGCAACGAUCCAUACCGAGAUCCAAAGAAGCGAAUCAAUGAUUGGAAUGAGGUGACCAACCGGUUAUCACGAUCCGCACUUCACGAGCAAGCGGCUCGCUGCAUGGACUGUGGCGUGCCUUUCUGCCAAUCCGACACCGGUUGUCCCAUUGGUAACAUUAUUCCCAAGUGGAAUGAACUCAUCUACAAGGAUAACUGGAAAGAAGCCCUGGAUCGCUUGUUAAUGACUAACAACUUUCCUGAAUUCACUGGUCGUGUGUGCCCUGCUCCUUGUGAAGGAUCUUGCACCCUCAUGAUCUCUGAGCCUCCUGUAGCCAUCAAGAGCAUUGAGUGUGCAAUUAUAGACCAUGGUUUUGAUAAAGGAUGGAUUGUUCCCAAACCUCCUGUGCAUCGUACCGGAAAAAAGGUGGCUAUUAUUGGUUCUGGCCCGGCAGGUUUGGCAGCCGCCGAUCAGUUGAACAAAGUUGGUCAUCUUGUUACUGUGUAUGAUCGCAAUGAUCGUAUGGGUGGCUUGCUGAUGUACGGUAUCCCUAACAUGAAGUUGGACAAAAAGGUGGUGCAACGUCGUCUCGACUUGAUGGCCGCUGAAGGCAUCACCUUCGUUCCCAAUGCUCACAUUGGUGUGGAUAUGGACACCAACACGUUACGGGAUCAGAACGAUGCAGUGAUUGUUGCUACGGGAGCGACGUGGCCUCGCGAUCUGAAUAUUCCCGGUCGUGCAUCAAACGGUAUCCACUUUGCCAUGGAAUUCUUGCAAGCCAAUACCAAGAGUCUGUUGGAUUCUCAACUCAAGGAUGGUCACUAUCUCUCGGCCAAGGACAAGCAUGUGGUUGUGAUUGGUGGCGGUGACACCGGUAAUGACUGUAUCGGCACGUCGGUACGUCAUGGUUGCAAAUCCGUGGUGAACUUUGAAUUGCUUCCUCAACCACCGAACCAACGUGGCAAGGAUAAUCCGUGGCCUCAAUACCCUCGUGUUUUUAGAGUGGAUUACGGUCAUGCAGAAGUGCAAGCUCACUUUGGUAAGGAUCCACGUGAGUAUUGUGUCCUUUCCAAAGAGUUCGUAUCGGACGCCGAUGGUAACGUCAAGGGAAUCCAAACCGUGCGUGUGGAAUGGACUAAAGAUGAAGCCGGUCGCUGGGCGAUGAAGGAAGUCGAAGGUUCCGAACAAUUUUUUGAAGCCGAUCUUGUGUUGCUGUCCAUGGGUUUCUUGGGCCCCGAAGAGGCGGUGGUAAAGCAACUAUCACUCGAGCAGGAUGGUCGUACCAAUAUUGAAACUCUCAAGGGUAAAUAUGCCACUUCGGCUUCCGGUGUGUUUGCGGCUGGCGAUUGUCGUCGUGGACAAUCAUUGAUUGUAUGGGGUAUCAAUGAAGGCCGUCAAUGUGCACGUGAGGUGGACCGCUUCCUGAUGGGUCAGACCCGCUUACCGGUGACGGGAGGUAUUCAUCAACGGUUGGGUCAACCUACUAAAAUUUCUAGCGCAGCCGUACCUUCGUGAGGCGCAAAUAUGUACAAUUUUUUAGAUAUAGAAAGG